AUGCUAUGCGAUCAGUUUCAGAGCAAAAUAGCAAUACUGGAGCACAAAUUAAACAAGGAGAAACGUGAGUAUGUCAACCAAUUGCAGCGUUUAUAUGAGAGGAAUGCAGAAGCCAUCGAUAAAGUCAAACAAGUCGAUGCAACUAUGCAGUCGGUAUCAACGAAGAUUGUUCACCUAGGUGAUCAACUUGAAUCGGUAUUUUAUUCUCGCUUCUUGGCUACAGGUCAAGAAAAUCAAUUAAAACUACGUUUCAACAUGCCGAGAUUCAAAGACAGUCGAACAUGGGCAAUACGUAGAGUUUUUAUUUUUUCCAAAGCUCUGACAAAAGCGAUAACGUUGAAGCGUUAG